AUGACAGUACCUUCAAUAUCAAAUCUGCAACUUCCACCACCUCCAUAUUCCCAAACAGAUAACAACCCCACUUCUAUUCACCAACUGGGACUAAAUGGGUCGGUGCAAGACCAAGGACACCAAAUACAAUCACAUGCACAAUCACAAGCACAAGUACAAGGACCGGAGUUGGUUUCUGCGGCAGAGACUUUAUCUCUGUUUACUAGGAAUACCACACCGCCAUCUGAUGCUGAGACGGUGGCUAUGGAUGAUGCUUCCCCACCAUCAGUAAUAUUACCCCCAAUACAACACCAAAGACAUCCAAUUGUUUCUACUGUUUCUAUGGUUGCUAGACAUCCGAUUGUCAUGAAUGCAGUUAAAUACUAUGAAACCUCUAAAAGAAAUUAUCCAUCAUUCAAUUAUGCUGCUGGUAUAGUUGAAUCUGCUGCUAUACCUGUUGUAAACAAUAUUGAAGCCAAAUUAAACACAAGACAUCAAACAAGGCAAGCAUCAGCUGUAUCUUCUACUGAUAUCACCCCAACAAACUCCAAUUUUGGUGAUUACAAAAUUCAACACGAUGGAAAUCUGUUACAAAAGAAAAGACGAUUUAGUACAUCAAGUCAAACCACCAACAUUUCUUCAUAUUCUUCAAUUGAUACUAGAAAAAGAUUACAAUUUUGUAUCAAUAUUUUAAAAUUGGCUAAUACUAAUAUUAAUUCCAAAGUUGAAUUUCUUCAAGAGAAGAUUAAUGAAACUGAAAUUGCCGUUAAAGAGGAACGAGAGAAAUUAAAUGCUCAAAAAUCAAAUGAUUCUAAUUCAACUACUACUGAUCAAGCAACACAAAAGACUAAAACAGAAAUUAUUGGAACAGUUAAAAAAAUCAUUCAUUUAAUAUCUAAUUUCCGUCCUUCAUCAUUGGGUGAUACUACAACAAGUAAUGGAUUAAGUCCAGUUUCAUCAAAUGGAUCACAAUCUAAUUCAGAUUUUGAAUUAAAAAAUGCCAUAAGAGAUAUUAUUAUGAGUUUGCCACAAUCAUUACAACAUCAGCAACAACAACAACAACAACAACAACAACAACAACAGGGUUCAUCAAGAAAUUCACAAGAUGAUGUGAUAUUUAAAUUUGCAAAGGAAUCACUUGUGAUGAUAAGUAAACUAACACAAAUAUUCACUGAAAAAUUGGACCAAGUGGAACAUUGGGUAAAUGGUGAUGAAGAACAAAAUUUACAACUGCAACUGCAACUGCAACUGCAACUGCAACUGCAACUGCAACUGCAACUGCAACUGCAACUGCAACUGCCAGAAGGACUAGAAAAACAGCAAGAGGAUGAAAAAGAAGAAGAAAAUUUGGCAGCUGAAACCAAACGAAUGAAACUAGAUGGUAGUGUAUAG